GUACUCCUCCAAAUUUCUUCUCUGUAGACUUGUGUGUAACAUAUUUGAUUAUAGCUUUACAGAGAGAGUGUUCUACAUCUCAGUGGUCUUUUCUUUGGCUGCUGGCUAUAUAAGCUGACUGAGUCUGAAUGAAGGACACUUCACCCAGAACUCCAGAUUCUUCAGGCUCUCCAAGUCCACUCCAGCCUAACCAUGAGCAGAAACUACAUGUCCAAGUUCGAUGAGCUCCGCAAGGGAGACUACAUCAUGUCCAACAACCAUGAGUGGAAGGCUGUCUUCCAGGAGGACGGUAAUUUCAUCAUCUACGGCUGGAAGUCCAUGUGGAACUCAGACACCGCCGGCCAGCGCGACGCCUGGCGCCUGUGCAUGCAGGACGACUGCAACCUGGUGAUGUACAAGAGGGACAACAAGAUGAUGUGGCAGACAAAGAGCCAGGCCUCCGGGGGCUUCAAGAUGUGUCACCUGCACCUGCGCAAUGACGGGACCAUGGUGGUGGAGAGGGACGGAGAGGAGGUGUGGUCCUCCGCCCAGUCGAAGGGCUUCAAGAACUAAGCCCGCUCAGCUCUGCUUAGGGAAGCAGCACUUACACCUAAAGUAACGGUUUUUCCAUCACUGCAUCAUAUAUAACUGUUAUUUAACUGUUUCUCCCUUGACUUCUGUUCAAUAAAGAGCAUUACAAACCUGA